AUGCUUUCAGAAAAUGCAGGGCAGCAGCAGUAUUUUAUGAAACAAGAAUGGAAAAGAUUAUAUAAUAUUUACAGGAUAAUACUGAAAACAUAUGCAAUAUACCAUAAAUUAUUUCAAGUAUUGAUUUUAUAUUUUGGAAUAGUAUCGUUUAUUACUUCCUUGAUUAACGUACAGUUUUGGAUUGAACUUGAGAAUUUAAAUUGGGAAUCAUAUAAAAAGAAUGUAUUUAAAAUAUCAAUAAGCAUGUUGGCGAUAAAAGACGUAUUAAUCAACUGUGCUAUUAGUUUUGCAUGUCAAAAAUUUUACACAACCUUAAGAAAAGUUGAGACAGCUUGUGUUGAAACGUUAAACUGUACUAACGAAUCAGCUGCGAGAGAAACAUGUAAAAAUGUGCUUAGAUAUAAUGCUGUUGCGUUCCAUAAGAUACAAGCGUGUCGUUUGUACGAAGUAGAUGCGAUUCUACCAAUACGAUUGAUGAUGUCGAUAGUAUCUUAUGCUGUAGUACUAAUUCAGUUUGCAUUUAUAAAA